CCUCAUCAUCAUUCACCAAUACAUCUCUUUAAUUUCUUGUUCUUCUUCCAUAACCGAACAUCCUUCCUAUAAAAACAUCACCAAUAUCAAUCCAUAUAGGUAUACUUUCAUAGACACAGGUGCUUUCUUCUAUCCAUGUAUACAUCCUUAAAAUAGACUCUGAGAGAGAGAGAGAGAGGAAGCUAGAGAGAGCGGGGGCUCCAUGGAGAAACCAAGUAGAGCAAAGGCCACCAAAAUCUUCAGUUUCCUUCCAAAGCCAACCUCCUUCUCUAUUUCUCACCGUCCGCUCAGCCCCGGUCGCGAGAAGUCUUCCAAGCCAAAGGCUUUCCACAACAAAGCAAAGGCUUUCCACAACAAUAAAGCUUUCUCGGGCCCGAUCAUAUCGAUCGUACCGGUGGAGGCUCGACGUAAGGAGAAGAAUGGAGGCAACUUUGAUGCCCAAGAGCCAACCUCUCCCAAGGUUUCAUGCAUCGGCCGAGUCAAGCAGAGGAAAUUAGUUUGCCGGUCAAAGCGGCAUUCGCUGCCCCAACAAGAGUGGAAGCCGCCAACUUUAAUCAUUCGCAAGAUGUUCCGACGGAAGCUCAGGCCAAGCCGGAGAAGGGAUGCGGCGGAGAGCAGCGAGGGGAGGCCGGCAGUCGCCGCGGCCGGGAGAGCGCCAUCGUUAGGCCAGAUGAAGCGGUUCACCAGCGGGCGCGAGACGUUACUUAACUUCGAUUGGAGGAAGGCUGAGAGGAGGCAGGAGGCAGCCACUGGGGAUCGAGAGGAGUCGUACUCUGAUGAAGAAAGUGAUGAAGAGGAUUAUUACUCUGCACCAAUCCUGAUGGGUGGUGGAGUGGUGGCUGUGGAACCACGAAAGGAGGUGAACCUUUGGAAGAGAAGGACCUUGGCUCCACCCGUUCCUCUUCAAUUGAACUGAAGCGUGGAAUUCUUCUUUUUUCUUCUUUCUUCCUUCCUCUUCUUCUUUACUUCAUUCUGAUAUCUAGUUGCUGUGCGUGUUUGGAUCUUUCAUUAACGUAAACUGCAUGUAAAAAAUCUCAAGGAUUUUAAUGGUAAUGGGCAUGUUGAUAGCCCUUUGUUUUAA